UUUAAAUAAUAAUAAUUUUUUUAUGAAGUAAGGCUUCAGGUUUAUACGGUAAUCUUUUAAAUACUAUUAUUAAGCUAAGUAGCACUAUAUGUGUGUGAAAAAUCUAGCAUAGCAAAUUUUGGUUAAUUCACUCUUUAUUAUGUUUUUUCUUUUAAAUAACCUAAUCUAAUUGAAAACCAAACUUUUCUAAAAAUACAAAUCAAAUUGAAAAAUAAAAUAAAUUAAUUUAAUUUGAUUUUUCGAUUCAAAUUGAUUUUUGUUCACUCUUACUCCGCAAAAUCUAAGAAAAAUGAAGAUAAAUUAAAAUAAAACCAAUAUUGAAAUAAGAUCUUUACCUCUCUUUCUAUGGUAUGUGUUCUGGAAUAGAGUGGGGCCAAAGUUCAUAAUCCGGUUAGUUGAUUAGCAGAUUAAUAGAGUUGGUAUCCAUGAUAAUAAUCCAUUUAUUCAGGAUUUGAGGUUUAGGAGUGGACCUGAGAAAUGGAUUAGGUGGCCAAAACCUACAAUCUUACCUUCCAUUAUGGGAAAUCCAUUAAACUGAUCCUCUUAAAGCAUAACCAAGAACAAACCAAUUAAAACAAACUUGAAAGAGGUUCAUCUGUGCAUGAUGCUGUGUAGGAUAAUAUUCUGCGUUGCAGUUUCUAUAUCCAUACUGUUAGUAAUUCUCUUGUCAGUCUUUUCUCCAGCACCUCACAAGGCUUCAUCACAGGAUCCCUCCAGGCCUUGGGUGGCACUCUCACUGUACAUUCAGCAACCUGAUCACAUUUCAAGCUCCAACUUGCAGCCAGCACUACGCCCGGAUGCUGGAGCUUUUAUUUUCCAUCGCAUCCUCACAGAAGGACCUGAGAACACUUCCAGGGUUAUUGGGAAAGCACAAGGUUUCAUUAUUCCAAUUGAACAUUUUGCACACUCUGCUUUCAAUAUUAUUCAUCUCUCAUUUGAUACACCUCACUACUCGGGCAGCCUGAAUUUGCAGGCCAAGCAUGUAGCACAUAAAGAUAGAGAAGAACUUACAGUGGUUGGUGGAACUGGUUCGUUCGCAUUUGCUCGUGGGCUUGCUGUUUUUGCUCAGACGGAUGGUCUUUCUGCAACUUACUACGUAAAUCUUCAGCUUAGAUUUCCAGAUCGAUCUGAGACAAUUCCAGGAUGACGCUGAGUUUUUCUAGUCAGGUUUAUGAAUCCUCUUCCGCUGUCCAUACUUGCCAACUUUUUAUUCUUGAGAUUGCAACUCCAGUUCUGUCAGAUUGAGUGAGUCAAAUUCAGAUGAAAUUGAAUUUGUAAUUCCAGGAUGUGAUUAAUUUACCUUUUAGUCUGUACAAGAAAAUUCAAGCCAACUAUGUAAUUUAACUUCAAAUAUUAUUUAUGAUCCGUGCAUCGAUUUAC